GGGAAGGGAAGAAGAGGACGAGGUGGCGCGGAGACCGCGGGAGAACACAGUGCCUCCGGAGGUGGGGGGGGCUCUUCCUCAUUUUGCCUGCCUUCUAGGGACCGCUCGGGCUUCUUGUAUCCAGAGGUACAGCCCCUGAACCGCCGGGAGUCCCUGUCCCCUGCCCGGGCCGAGGGGCCGGGGGCACCAGCUCCGCAAGCGGCCGGAGUGGGCGGCGAGCGCGGGCCCGCGAGGAAAUCUGCUCGAUCCCCGGCAGCCGCCGCUUCCCCUUUGAUGUUUUGGUACGCCGUGCGCAUGCGCCUCACAUUAGAAUUACUGCACUGGGCAGACUAAGUUGGAUCUCCUCUCUUCAGUGAAACCCUCAAUUCCAUCAAAAACUAAAGGGAUGUGGAGAGUCCGGAAAAGGGGCUACUUUGGGAUUUGGUCCUUCCCUUUAAUAAUCGCCGCUGUCUGUGCGCAGAGUGUCAAUGACCCUAGUAAUAUGUCGCUGGUUAAAGAGACGGUGGAUAGACUCCUGAAAGGCUAUGACAUUCGUCUGAGACCAGAUUUUGGAGGUCCCCCCGUGGCUGUGGGAAUGAACAUUGACAUUGCCAGCAUCGAUAUGGUUUCUGAAGUCAAUAUGGAUUAUACCUUGACAAUGUACUUUCAACAAGCCUGGAGAGAUAAGAGGCUGUCCUAUAAUGUAAUACCUUUAAACUUGACUCUGGACAACAGAGUGGCAGACCAGCUCUGGGUGCCUGAUACCUAUUUCCUGAACGAUAAGAAGUCAUUUGUGCACGGAGUGACUGUUAAGAACCGCAUGAUCCGCCUGCAUCCUGAUGGCACCGUCCUUUAUGGACUCAGAAUCACAACCACAGCUGCCUGCAUGAUGGACCUAAGGAGGUACCCACUGGAUGAACAAAACUGCACCCUGGAAAUUGAGAGCUAUGGAUACACAACUGAUGACAUUGAAUUUUACUGGCGUGGCGAUGAUAAUGCAGUAACAGGAGUAACGAAAAUUGAACUUCCACAGUUCUCUAUUGUAGAUUACAAACUUAUCACCAAGAAGGUUGUUUUUUCCACAGGUUCCUAUCCCAGGUUAUCCCUCAGCUUUAAGCUUAAGAGAAACAUUGGCUACUUUAUCCUGCAAACAUACAUGCCUUCCAUCCUGAUUACCAUCCUCUCCUGGGUCUCCUUCUGGAUUAAUUACGAUGCUUCAGCUGCAAGGGUGGCAUUAGGAAUCACAACUGUCCUCACAAUGACCACAAUCAACACCCACCUCCGGGAAACUCUCCCUAAAAUCCCCUACGUGAAGGCCAUUGACAUGUACCUGAUGGGGUGCUUUGUUUUCGUUUUCAUGGCCCUUCUGGAAUAUGCUUUAGUCAACUACAUCUUCUUUGGGAGGGGGCCCCAACGCCAAAAGAAAGCAGCUGAGAAGGCUGCCAGUGCCAACAAUGAGAAGAUGCGCCUGGACGUCAACAAGAUGGACCCCCAUGAGAACAUCUUACUGAGCACUCUCGAGAUAAAAAAUGAAAUGGCCACAUCUGAGGCUGUGAUGGGACUUGGAGACCCCAGAAGCACAAUGCUAGCCUAUGAUGCCUCCAGCAUCCAGUACCGGAAAGCCGGGUUGCCCAGACAUAGUUUUGGCCGAAAUGCUCUGGAACGACAUGUGGCACAAAAGAAAAGUCGCCUGAGGAGACGCGCCUCCCAACUGAAAAUCACCAUCCCUGACUUGACUGAUGUCAAUGCCAUAGAUCGGUGGUCCCGCAUAUUCUUCCCAGUGGUUUUUUCCUUCUUCAACAUCGUCUAUUGGCUUUAUUAUGUGAACUAAAACAUGGCCUCCCACUGGAAGCAAGGACUAGAUUCCUCCUCAAACCAGUUGUACAGCCUGAUGUAGGACUUGGAAAACACAUCAAUCCAGGACAAAAGUGAUGCUAAAAUACCUUAGUUGCUGGCCUAUCCUGUGGUCCAUUUCAUACCAUUUGGGUUGCUUCUGCUAAGUAAUGAAUACACUAAGGUCCUUGUGGUUU